AUUCAAAAUGGCAGAAAGAAAAGUAUGCAAAGAUCGUCUAUUUAUUUCUACAUUUGUGCAUCAAUUAUAGAAGUGACGUGGUGUAACGGAAUUAUAGUGAAAUAUUGGACAUAAUUAAAGAAGUUGGAUUACCUGGUGAAUCGAUUUAACACCAACAUUAUUGUGUACAAAGAGAGCCGAUCGUCGUGUGGCGAAGGCGGCGGGUCCGAGGGCUCGGAGGGGCGCGCCUCGUGGCGCGUGACGCUGGACCACGACCUCGUGGAGACGCUGAGCGCCAUCUACCCCGAGUGGUUCAAGCCGCAGCACAAGCGCGAGCGCAGCCGCGCCGCGUCGCCCGCCUCGCCCGCGUCGCCGCCGCGCACGCCGGCCACGCCUCCCUCCGACGACACUUUCAGUUCGGGUGCGGAGGAGAUGGCCGGGCGUCAGGCGAGCGGCAGCGGCGCCAGCGAGCCGCCGAGCUCGCCUCGCGUCUCCCCCCCUAAAGUGGUCGUCGACGACAGCCCCCUCCAGCCAGCCAUGGGGAAGCACAAGGAAUCAUUGAAAGUUAAGCUGUUGACGCGGCGUCCCAUCACGCAGCUCGUGGCCCAAGGGAUAAUGCCGCCGUUAAAGACGCCUCCGGCGUACUUCGAGCAAUGCAAACAAUUGGAAAGAGCGAAGACGGGAGAUUUGCUGAAAGCAAAAAUACAACGACGGCCCGACCGUCAGGAAUUAGAGCGAAGACACAUAUUAGAACAGGAGAGCCAUGUGGACCCGAGUCUCGCCGAGAAGCAGCGCAUGCUCAAAAAGGCGCGGCUCGCAGACCAACUCAACGACCAGCUGUCGCACCGGCCCGGGCCGCUCGAGCUGAUCAAGAAGAACAUACUGCACACCGAGGAGAACAUAGAGACGGCCGUCAAAAGCGGAACGCUCUCGUUCAAAGCCACCAGCGAGGGCGCCUCGGGCCGGCCGCAGCACCCGUCGUCGUACUGCGGGCCGCCCGACGACGCCUCGCCCUCGCCCUCGCCGCCCUCCACGCUGUCGCCCGCCAGCGUCGCCUCCCCGCCGCAGCACCCCGCGCCCGGCAAGGACAAGAACCGCAAGAAGAGCAAGCAGAAGCAGCAGCCCAAGGCGCGCUUCAAGUUCCACGAGUACAAGGGGCCCCCGAGCGCGCAGAAGGCGUCCUCGCCGCCCGGCUCCGUCGAGACGCCCUACGAGCUGCUCCUGCAGCAGCAGCAGCUGCUCCUGCAGCUCAUGCCCGCGUCGCCCGCGCCCUCCUCCGCCGCCUCCGUGGCCUCCGACUGCUCCGACUACUGCGCGCCGCCGCCGCCGCCGCCGCCGCCCGCGCCCGCCCUGCCGCUCGCCGUCGCCGCGCGCUUCGAGGACAUGAAGGUGUCCGACCUGCGCGCCGAGUGCAAGCGCCGCAACCUGCGCGUGUCCGGGCCCAAGCCGCAGCUCAUCGACCGCCUGCGGCCCUACCUCGUCGAGAAGCAGGAGCCGCCGGAGCCGCCGCGCUCGCCCGCCUCCGCGGCGUCGCUGGCCUCGCCCGCCGGCCUCGACGAGCCCGAGGACAUCGUGCGGUCGCAGCGCCGCCACAUCGAGGAGCUGGAGCGCAAGCUGGAGGCGUCGCGCCAGCAGCUGGAGGCGGUGCGGCGCGACGCGGCGGGCGCGGCCGCCAGCGACCAGAGCCGCCGCCUGCUGCAGGCGCACAUCUGCGUGUCCCAGCUGCGCGCGCAGCUCGACGCGCUCACGCAGCCCGCGCCCGCGCCCGCGCCGCGCCUCGUGCUCGACGCGCCCGAGCGCCUCGUGCGCGUGUUCGCCGUCGCGCCGCCCGCCGCCGACGCGCCCGACGCCGCGCCGCAGAAGGCGAGCCCCUCGCCCGCCUACAUCCUCAACGGCGUCAAGGUGGUGCCCAUCGCGAUCCUGCCCUCGCCGCACUACGAGCCGGAGCGCCUCGCCGCGCCGCCGCCGCCGCCGCCGCCGCCCCCGCCGCCGCCGCCGCUGCCGACGUCGCUGCACGACCGCACCGAGGACAGCCAGAUCAUGGACGACGUCCUCGAGAUCCUCGUCGAGAACGGCGAGCUGCCUCCGUCGGCGGUCGGGAACGGAGUCGCGACCGACGGCAUGGGCGGCUACGGGUCGGCGGCGGACUCGUUCUCGCCGGCCGCCGUGCUGUCGGACGACGUGUUGUGCGACCCGCACGUGCGCCACUCGCUGGCGGCCGACGAGCUGCAGCGCGAGCUGGACGACAUCCAGAACGAGUUCAUGAGCCACGCCGAGAUGCACGGCGUCGUCGACGAGCACUGCGACGUGGACCCGUCGGCGACCGACAUCGACGCCGAGCUCGGCGUCGACCUGCUCUCGAACGGCGACUUCCACGCCGACUUCGGUGGUUCCGACCCGACGACGGACGACCACGACGACUUCUUCGAGAGCCUGCUGUCGGGCGAGAGCGAGCGCGCCUCCGAGCGCUCGCCGCCCACCGGCAUGGACGUGGAGGACGCGCCCGAGCGCAUGGCCAUGACGCCGCUCACCAACGGCGACCUGCUCGACCACUCGCGCACCGGCUUCGAGUACAUGGACGACCUGUCGCUGCCGUCCUUCCAGAACGAGGACGCGCGGCCGGAGCCCUUCGACCCGCGCGGCUGCGACAUCGACCUGAAGGAGUUCGGCAUCGACCCGGCGGCGAGCAUGAGCAUGCACGUGGACGGCGACGGCUACGACUACUGCGGCCGCGACAUGGACGCCGAGCUCAUCCCCAACGUGUUCGGGCGCGGCUACGUGCCGCAGUGCGACCCGCUGCUGGGCGCCGUGCUGGCGCGCCCGCCGCCGCGCCCGCAGCGCAAGCACUACUCCUGGGACCGCAUCGAGUUCGACGCCACCUGACCCGCGCCCGCCGCCCGCCGUCCGCCCGCCGCCCGCAAGCCUCCCGACGCACCCAAGCGUUUCGAUUCCUACAGCCGUUUUCGCUCGUAAGCUCG